AACUUUUUUAUUCGCACGCUCGCACCAGUUUUGAGGUUCCCAGAGGAUAACAUGCAACCAACAUGGCCUUAUCAAGAGUCACAAGAUAACGGUCCAAAGUACGUAGUUUGCACAGCUAGCCUCAAAACAAACACAUUGACCCAGUUAGUUACACAAGAACAAGAUGGCAUCACAGAGGCAGGUGUAUCUCCUGCUAGUCCUCAGUACAGUUGUGUCCGUCUGUGUUGGCUACGUCGUCGUCAAUGAGGAUGGCCCGGUCGUUCAGACGCAGUUCGGCGCCGUGAGAGGCAUGUACGUAGAGGAGGGUGUGAUCUUCAUGGGGCUCCCCUUCGCAGACCCACCGGUGGGCGAUCUGCGAUGGAAGCCUCCCCAGACGUACAAGAAAUCCUGGGCGCCCGAUGUUCGCGACGGGACCGUACCGGGUCCAGCAUGUCGGCAGGGUAUCUGCGAUCGCCCGGACUAUCCAGACCCCGAGCACGAGUGCCCUCGAGACAUGAAACAGAGCGAAGACUGUCUAUAUCUCAACAUCUUCGCUCCCAGUCACGUCGUCAACAACUCGACUGUCAAGCUUCCAGUCUUAUUCUGGCUCUACGGUGGCAACUACGGAAUGGGCACUGGGUCUGCUCUGAUAUAUGACGGGCGUAUCCUAGCCAACAAAACCAGCACGAUCGUGGUAACGACUAACUACAGGCUGGGCGCUUUGGGCUUCCUGGUUACUGCUGGGGGUGAGGACGACGCCGAAGGAAACCAGGGUUUAUUAGACCAGGUUGAGGCGUUAAAAUGGGUUCAAGAGAACAUCGCCAGUUUCGGAGGAGACAAGGAUCGUGUCACACUUUUCGGACAGAGCUCCGGGUCAGAUUCUAUCGCUAUUCAUCUAGUCUCCGACCGAUCAGAGGCGCUUUUCCAUCGAGCCAUUAUGUUGAGCGUGCCCUUUUCCAUCCCACACAAAACUAAAUGGGAGGCUGUCCGCUUGGGAAACUACGUCGCUGAUUUGCUGAACUGUUCCCAUGGUGAUAUGACGUGUCUCCGCUCCAAAGACGCCGACGCUGUCGUCACAGCUUCUGCAAAAGCCUCCAAAUUUAUUGACAAUCCUCUCAGAGCUGUUGAGAUGUUCAUGCAGUGGGGACCGACCAUAGACUCGGACUUACUUCCCGGUCAAACCGUAGACCUCUUCUCCAAUGGAAAAUUUCAGAAGAAACCCUUCAUCAUAGGAACCACCCUGGAAGAGAACGUAAUGUACAUCUACAUGGGUUUUCAUCACCCCAUAACGAGCAAGCUGAAACUCGCCGAGCUUCUUGUCGCGUUUGUUCACGAGAAGGCGUUGGCAGUCUUGCACGAGUACGAUCCACAAAAGUCCAAAGACUACCGCCCGAUCCUAUCCGUCAUGGCCACAGACUGGAUGUUCACGUGCCCGACACGUCACGUGAUCCGCAGCGCCGCUUCCGCUGGAAGUGACGUGUGGCUGUACCUGUUCGAUCACGUCUUCUCCUUCAAACACCUGUGGGACCACCACAGUUACUGUUACGGCCACGUCUGUCACGCUGAGGACCUACCGUUUGUCUUCCAGACCACGAAACUCAUUAAUGUCAACAUGACCACUGAUGAACAGGUCCUGGCCGACAGUAUUGCGUACCACUACGGGAACUUCGCGCAUACCGGGGACCCCAACAAACCCAGUCCGUACGCGAGCAGCAUCCAACCGCCAGUUCUUCAUUGGCCAGCCUACAGUAAGGAGAACAACUACACCUGCCUGAAUAUCACCACACCGCGGAAUGUCUUGCUGGAGAACUAUCGAGGAGAGAAGUGUGAUUUCUUUGAUAAGAUAAAUGUUUAUCCUUAA